AGCAGUGUCUGCAGUGUGCUGAAGGUCUUAAAUUAUCUUUAAAAUUGCUGUUAUGUAGCUGAAAGGCAGAAUGGGAAAUCCAUCAGGAUUGGCAGGGAUCCGAGAGGGGAGAGAUGGUACUGAGAGCAGGAGUUCCCUCAUUGCUGGUUUUCUUCAUUUUAGCAACCCGAAACAGUAAACCUUACUUACUAUCAGCAGUCCAGCAGCUAAUACAGUCCUGCAGUUCUGAAGUUUCAGAUACUUUAUGUAUCUUGUUACUGUAACGUUAUAUUUCUUUUUUUUCUUUCCUAUGAGAUCCUUGUAUUCUGUGCUCUUUCACUUCUCCUUUUUAACCUUGGUCCUAUUCCUAGAACAGAUCGGCAGAGAGGGAACUGCUGUGAUUUUUUUAAAUUUUUUGGGGGUAGAGGCUGUUCUUUUUCUCAAAGCAUGUUGCUUCCUCCUUGCUUUUAUUUAAGAUCACACUUGUUUCAGAUGUGCUAGCCAUAGCUGAAGUUGCCUGUGUUUAGGCUUCCAGCUGGAUCAGAUCCUGAGAUAAAUGUCCGUUCAUUUAAGGCAUUAAGCUGCCCAGUGCUGCUUGCAGUUGGCUGAGAUAUCUCAGCUUUUUCUAAUGUUCUUUAAUGCUAGCUGUAGAUGUAGAUGUACUUGAACAGAAUGGUUUAGUGGUUUGUGGUAGCGAGGGUAAUGGGAGGAUGGUUGGACCAGAUGAUCUUGUAGGUCCUUUCCAGCCUUGUGAUUCUAUGAUUCUAUGAAAAGGGUUCAUAAGGACCCCUAAGCAACUCUUUCUUUCAAACGUCCAUUGACAGAUGUAAGCAGUUUUGAGCUGACAGCAAGAUGGUGCAGCUCCUGGAGCUGUAAAAUAAGCCAAGAAAGGUACACACCCCAGUGCUAGCUGGGUGCCUAGCCGACUGCACAACGCAGCCUGAGGCUUUGCAGCAUGUCGGGAUGAGAGCAGUGCCGGCAGAACUGAGCUCGGCCCAAGCUGAGCUAGCCUGGCUUUCCUGGUUCUGAGGAUGCUCCAGCCCGGCUCGCCCUGGUGCCGCGCGCCCCCCAGGGGCCGGAGGAAAUGGCGGCCGCCACCACACUUCAGCACCGCCCAGGGGCGGAGCCCGGUCCCGUUGGCGCCAAGCGGGGACGGCGGCUCCCGCCCUGCCGCUCCGCUCCCAGCCAUGGCGGCCGCCGUGCCCGGCUACUCGCCGGGCUUCAAGAAGCCGCCGGCCACGCUGCGGCUGAAGCGCAAGCGGCCGCGGAGAAGCGAGCCCGCUGCCUCCCAGCCCUGCGGCGCGGCCCCGAGGGCCCCCUCGACGUCCGUCCGCCGUAACCCCUUCUCCAGCCUGGACAAUGCGCCGCGGCAGCCGGUCUGGCGGCAGCAGGAGCCGGCGCAGCCCGGGCGGGGGCCCGCCUCCACUGUGCCUUUUUGGCAGUUUUUAGAGUCUGCAGGAGAAGACAAGCCGGCCCGGAACGUGGAGCUUUCAGAGGGAACCGACGUCCUGGCGCUGCCCGAGGAUCUUCAUUUACCUGUUCCUACCCCUGAUGUCCCCCCCUCACCGAGACACGAGUUUCCUGCAGACUGGAGUAUCAAAACACGACUUCUGUUUACGUCUUCUCAACCUUUCACUUGGGCAGAGCAUUUAAAAGCACAGGAGGAAGCUCAGGGGUUUGUUCAGCAUUGCAGAGCAGCAGAAAUAAACUUGCCACAGAGUGUACAGGAACCAAAACUGUCCACAGAACUGCGUUGUGCCUUUCAGCAGAGCCUUGUUUACUGGCUUCACCCAUCACUGUCGUGGCUGCAGCUGUUCCCUCGUAUUGGAGCAGACAGAAAGAUAGCAGGAAAAGCCUGUCCAUGGGCACAGGAUGAGGCCUUGCAACAAGCACUGAUGAGCGACUGGUCUGUCAGCUUUACUUCUCUAUACAAUCUGCUCAAAGCCAAGCUGUGCCCCUACUUCUAUGUGUGCACUUACCAGUUUACUGUCCUGUUCCGUGCAGCUGGUCUGGCAGGAAGUGAUGUUAUCACAGCAGUGAUUUCUCCCACCACCAGAGGUUUAAGGGAAGCCAUGAGAAAUGAAGGCAUAGAGUUUUCUCUACCUUUGGUAGAAGAAAGUAGAAGCAGAAAACAGAAAAACUCUGAAGGGAAUUUGGAAACAGAAGUUGCUCACGGCCCUGAAGUGGGUAGAAGCCCUGAGAAUGGCGAGGAAGCUGCUUCAAGUGAUGAUGAUGAUGAUGGUUUCUCUUGGCUUGAGGAGAUGGGAGUCCAAGACAAGGUUAAAAAACCAGAUGCUGUUUCUAUUAAACUUCGUAAAGAGAAGCAUGAAGUGCAGGUGGAUCACAGACCUGAAUCCCUCGCAGUGGUGAAAGGAACAAACACGUUCACUUUAUUGAACUUCCUGAUAAACUGUAAGAGCCUGGUGGCUGUUGCAGGUCCACAGGCAGGGCUUCCUCCCACUCUCUUGUCUCCUGUUGCUUUCCGAGGUGGAACAAUGCAAACGCUCAAAGCUCGUAGUAUGAAUGCAAAAGCCAGGGUCCGCCUGGCAUAUGAAGAUAUCUUCAGUUUGGAGAUCGUAGGCCCUGUCCUGCCUCAUUCUCUCCACUUGCUGACCAUGCUGCUGCAGUCUGCACAGCAGGGAGCAUUUUCUGCAGUGCUGUAUACGCAUGAGCCAACGGCUGUGUUUAACGCUGAUCUCCAUAAUGCGAGCCCUGCCUUAAAGAAGGAAACCGUAAGUAAAGACCUGCUGAAGUGCGGGCUGCAUUCUAAAACUUUGGAUCAACUGAGUCAGGUGCCAACACUGGGAAAAUCUUCCCUCCGGUUUCUGGAAAUGAAGGACUCUGCAUAUGCCUGGAAGUCUUAGGUACUGUGCUGUUUGGAGGAGGUGGAGCACAAAGCUCUCCAGUGUGAAGUUGCUGUGCUUCCUUCAGGCCUGCGGGGCAGCACCCAUGCUGUUAGAGGAGCUAAGUAACCUAGUCCAACGUCACAGCCAACUCUUGCACAUCACAGCAAUAAAACACCAUGAGGGGUUUUCGGAGGAAAUUGAGGAAAAGGCCCUGGACAUCUCCUUUUGUAUUUUAGAAAGCAUUUUUAAAAAUAAAAUUUUAUAUAAUGGUCUGCUUUUGAUCUGAAUUCAGGGUGGAAGGCCUGUAUUUUUUUCACCUAUGUGUAUAUUCUAUUCUGAAACACAGAAUUGCUGCUACUGCUCAGUGCAGUAAUGUGUAGCCACUUCUGAGGGGUGGAAUUCUUCUCCUAUCAUCUCUGAGCCCUGCUUACAGCACUAAGCCAGAAGCUUGGCCUAAAUCUCAGCACUUUACACCUCUUGGUUGAGGUGUAACUUCAACUGCAAAAACCAGAAAUCAGAUGGGUACAAACAGUUCCAAUUGCAUCUGAAUCAGAUUAAAAGGCUGGGAGCCCCAGAACUGCUGCCAUAAUCCUCCAACAUUGCCAUCUUCAUUUACUUCAAAAUAAGAUUUUUAACAGGCAGUUUAUACAAUGGAGUGUGCACCAGAACAAGUUAGAACAACACAAUAGGGUUAUGACACCUGAUGGAAGAGAGGAAAUGAAAGGCAGCAAGGUGAUGCUGCUCUGUUCAUAGCAAGAGCCUAUGUUCAGGUUUAAUGUAAUCUGUUACAUUACUGCUGCUUUGGAGAUGUGUAUAAUGUCAUUUAUCACACAGCUAUCAGGUGAGCCUCUUCCUGCAGCAAAAAAUAGUAGAUCUGAAGAGCAGUAAGUAGAAUACCAUCAUGCUUAUGCACUCAGCAAGAUUUGUAAUUCUGGUAUUUUGCACAGAAAAGAAUAAUACUUGUAGUCACGUAACCUUUAUUUUCACUACAGUGGUGUCCUGUUCACCUGACAUUCUGAAGCAGUGAUAGUCUGCUUGAUGGGCCUAACAACCAGUUCUAAGCAAAUCACUGCAGACUGAGGCAGUUACACGAGUAUUGUGUAGGUUUACAGUGUUACUGCACAGUAACUACCAUGGCACUGGCAGGGUCACAGUACAGAGAAGACCAGGGCAUCAGGAAAACCUAGAUAGACCUCAAGUCCUACCUUACAGUACAAAAGGGCAGCUUUAGAUCUUUAAAUCUAGGGUGUCAGACAACUGGAGAGAAACCAGCACCAAUUCUGGCAAGCCUGGCAGUUAUUAUACUUGACUCUGCUGUUUCUCCAGCCCUCUAUUUUAAAACUACCACUUAGUUGACUGUCUGGAACUGGUUCUGGUGGCUGCUGGCUCUACGUGCUCAGGCACCACAGGGAAGUCGGAAGCACUAUCAGUGAAAGCACUUCUAGGAAAGCAAUCCUGCAACAACAAAAACCCAGCAGGCACAGAGAUGCCUUCGAGUUCCAGGAGUCCAUUCACUUUUGAGACAGCUGAAGUGCCCCAUAAAUAAACAGGUCCCGAGAGAGUGUUUCCUAGUUACUCUUUUUAAUAGGACUACUUGUCUAUUCCUGCAUGCAAAGGACACUCCAACCAAAUUUACAAACUGAACAGAAGGACAUCUCCGCACUAAAUUCAUUUAUCAUUCUAAACAACAGGAAUGAAACUAAAACAGAAACCCCGAAGUCAAGAAGUGUCAUAAUUGAAGUAAUACAGAUAUUAAUAUUGUAAGUAUUGAAAAUCAAAGGUUAGAUCUACAUACAGUACCACGUCUUUUAAGGCGUGAAACCCAGAAUUUGCCUGAACAGUUACUUUUGAAAUGGAGUCUUCUAUGGGACUGAAUUCAUCUGUUCCUCAAAACAUAUCUUUCCAAUAUACACGGAGAAUAUAAACCCCGAAAGAACAAAAUUAACAAAGUACAACAGAUUAUGUUCCAGAUAAUGAACAGAUCCAAAACCUGUGCUUAUAUGGACACCACGGACGGAACAGCACGAGCAACACUGCUGAUGUUUUAGCUGUAUCAGCAGCUAUUUGAACAGAAGCCUGAAUAGGAGCUGCCUCCCACAUCCUGAGUUAACAGCUUUGAGUCAGACAUCAGAAAGCUGGACUUGCCUAAAAUGGAUACAAUCCCCAGUUCUCCCACAGUCCGUCUUCCCAUCGCUGUACCAUCUGCUUAGCUUUGUUUCUCAACCUUACAACUUGUUCAGAAAAUGAGGCAAGGAGAUCUUCAAACAAUUUUACACAGAGACUGAAGGUGAGAAGCCAAAGGGAGAAAACUUUAAUUAGAGACAACUACGUCCACAAAAAAAAGUUGUCAUUUCUAGAGUGCUUUGAUAGACUAAUAAAGGGGUUUAUUUUGUGGGUGUGUGGUGGACAACACAGUACUGCUUCUCUGCUGUAUGCAAAACGAGACACUGGUACUUGUCCACUGAGGGCAAAGGAAGAUACCUUGUUCAGUAACAGCUGAGAGCACACACAAAUAAUUUACUCUGCGGAGGAAGAGCUACUAUUAAUUCAUCACCUCCAAGAUCCUACUGCCAUUGCAAAGGUCGUUCACUUUAGGCCUGAGCACAGUCCUACUGCAUACAAAUUGUAAUUUGUUCCUGUUCCCGAUGAAGCUCUGGUCAGUUGAUGUAAUACAAAAAAAUCCUCAAAGACUUUUCGGAAAUAAGCACCUGAACUACCACAGUAACAAAGUACUGCUGUAAUCCCGGCAGUCUGCUCAAAACACAGACAAAUCUGGCUAAAGGUGUACAAUGCCCUUUCCAAUUCAAAGUGCACAUAGCUAAAGAACUAAUACUUCUUAAAUUAAGAGGAAAAAAAAAAAAUAAAAGGAAAAGCUUCCUAUAUCCUUUCC